CCAGCAGUGGAGGAAUGUUCUCCAGGGCAACCCCAACUCUAUUCGAGCCAACUCCAACCCCUAAUCUUCGGUCAACUGAUGAUGGCUGGUUGUCUACUAUGGCUAUAACAAUUGGAGUUAUUGUAGCAACUCUAAUUAUAGUAUCUCUCAGUGUAAUUUGUCUGCUUUGUCUCAAAGGUUACACAAAAAUAUUUUUUCACAAUGCAGGAACAAUUCUGAACGUUCUUUCA